CCAGUCGCUCGUCCUGUGCCCGGGCCCGGCCCCCGACGGCCACGCGUUGAGAUGACUUUCCGCGACCUCCUGAGCGUCAGUUUCGAGGGACCCCGCCCGGACAGCAGUGCCGGGGCCUCCAGCGGCGGCGGCGGCGGGGGCGGCGCGGGAGGCACGGCCGCCUCAGAGGGCCCGGCGGUGGGUGGCGUGCCAGGAGCCGCGGGCAGCUGCGGCAGCGUGGUGGGCGCAGGCAGCGGCGAGGACAACCGGAGCUCCGCCGGGGAGCCGGGGAGCUCGGGCGCUGGCGGCGAGGUGAACGGCACUGCGGCCGUCGGGGGACUGGUGGUGAGCGCUCAGGGCGUGGGCGUGGGCGUCUUCCUGGCGGCAUUCAUCCUCACGGCCGUGGCGGGCAACCUACUUGUCAUCCUCUCGGUGGCCUGCAACCGCCACCUGCAGACGGUCACCAACUAUUUCAUCGUGAACCUGGCUGUGGCUGACCUGCUGCUGAGCGCCACGGUGCUGCCCUUCUCGGCCACCAUGGAGGUUUUGGGUUUCUGGGCCUUUGGCCGAGCCUUCUGCGACGUGUGGGCCGCCGUGGACGUGCUGUGCUGCACAGCCUCCAUCCUCAGCCUCUGCACCAUCUCCGUGGACCGCUACGUGGGCGUGCGCCACUCACUCAAGUACCCCGCCAUCAUGACCGAGCGCAAGGCGGCCGCCAUCCUGGCGCUGCUCUGGGCCGUCGCCCUCGUGGUGUCCGUAGGGCCGCUGCUGGGCUGGAAGGAGCCGGUGCCCCCAGACGAGCGCUUCUGCGGCAUCACCGAGGAGGCAGGCUACGCUGUCUUCUCCUCCGUGUGCUCCUUCUACCUGCCCAUGGCGGUCAUCGUGGUCAUGUACUGCCGGGUGUACGUGGUCGCGCGCAGCACCACGCGCAGCCUCGAGGCGGGCGUCAAGCGCGAGCGGGGCAAGGCCUCGGAGGUGGUGCUGCGCAUCCACUGUCGCGGGGCGGCCACUGGCCCCCACGGGGCGCACGGGGCGCACGGGACGCGCAGCACCAAGGGCCACACCUUCCGCAGCUCGCUCUCCGUGCGCCUGCUCAAGUUCUCCCGCGAGAAGAAAGCGGCCAAGACGCUGGCCAUCGUCGUGGGCGUCUUCGUGCUCUGCUGGUUCCCUUUCUUCUUUGUCCUGCCGCUCGGCUCCCUGUUCCCGCAGCUGAAGCCAUCGGAGGGUGUCUUCAAGGUCAUCUUCUGGCUCGGCUAUUUCAACAGCUGCGUGAACCCGCUCAUCUACCCCUGUUCCAGCCGCGAGUUCAAGCGCGCCUUCCUCCGCCUCCUGCGCUGCCAGUGCCGGCGUCGCAGGCGCCGCCGCCCCCUCUGGCGUGUCUACGGCCACCACUGGCGGGCCUCGACCGGCGGCCUGCGUCCCGAUUGCGCCCCCAGCCCCGGCGUCGCGCCCCCCGGGGCCCCGCUGGCCCUCACCGCGCCCCCUGACCUGGACCCCGACCCCGACCCCGACCCCCCAGGCACGCCUGAGGUGCGGUCCGCGGUCGCCAGCCAUCGAAAGCCGCCUUGCGCCCUCCGCCAGUGGAGUCUGCUCGGGCCGUUCCGGAGACCCACCACCCAGCUGCGCGCCAAGGUCUCCAGCCUGUCGCACAGGAUCCGCGCUGGGGGCGCGCAGCGCGCAGAGGCCGCGUGCUCCCUGCGCUCGGAGGUGGAGGCCGUGUCCCUGGGCGUCCCUCACGACAUGGCCGAGGGCGCCACCUGCCAGGCCUACGACGACUACAGCAACCUCCAAGAGACUGAUAUUUGAAGACCCCUUGAGCUAGGCCCCUAAGCUGAGCUGGCGGGGAGGGAGGCUGGCUUUGUUCAAGAGGCCCGUGUAAAUCAGGGACCCGGAAAGUGAUCAGGGUAGCGGCUCUGUGGCAUCCCUGAAGUACUCGGGUGGGGCUUGGGGCUGGAGCCCUUGAAAGAGCUCCAGGACACUGGUGCCCUGGAGCUCUUCCUUUAGGAGAGAGGGGCUGCAGGCUCCGUAGGGCCAUUUGCUCCCAAUCCGUUAUUUGAGAAACACUGCCCCAUCCACCAUGCCCUGAACCCUGAAUAGACAGCCCCAAGUUUGGCCGGGCAGCAGGCACAGAGGCCUUGCCUGGUUGCCCCCAGGGCCUCCCCUAGGAAAAAAGUGGGGCCAUGGGGCUCCUCCAUGGACGUAAUUUCUCCUCACUGCCGACUGGAGAAACCCAGUGGACCUGCCACCACCACCCACAAGCUUUGGUGGCAGAUAGGAUGGCCGUCAUACAAACCUGUUGUAUUUACCCCUGGGCCCACUGCCCCCUACCCAGGCGCCUCCAUGCACACCCCAUGACCUGGCCCUGCCCCUCCUUACUUCCCCUCAAGGGCCUUACUGUUUACACUGUACAUAGCUCAUUGUGCCUGUGCCCAUCACUUCUUGCUGGGAUUCCAAGCCACCAACUGGGUGAGGCUUUGUCUGUCAUUUUGAGACAUAUUUAUUGGUAAGAGUACUUCUAUUUUGUCCAAACUGUGCAGACUGUCCCUCUUUAGCCCAUAACCCAUAAAGAACUACUUUUUUUCCCUAAAAUCCUUCAAGUACUAAAGGCCCACAACAGGAUAGAUUGGUUCUGCGUUCGC